AUGGAAAGGUGCGUUAAUAUGUGGGAUGAUGGAUGCAUCAAUGGACAAAUCCCUGGAUCUGGUGGUGAUGAUGACUAUUUGAACGGAGGCUUCAAUCCAGGGAAACGGUGUCUGAAUAUGUGGGAUGAUGGUUGCGCUAACGGACAGCUAGGUGGUUCUGGUGGAGACGAUAAUUACCUCAACGGCGGUUUCAAUCCUGGGAAAAGGUCAAUUUAUGGGCGCUUUACCAAGCUGAGGAAUCCGUACAAACCCUCACAUGAA